AUGAGAGCCCCGUUUAUCAUUACUGCUUCGCUAAUUAUUUCACUUGCACAGGCUUCUUGUCCAAGUGGAACAAAAGUUUACAAUGGAAAGUGCUACGCAUAUCUGGGAACAGACUUUGACAGAAAUACAUCAUUGUCAAUUUGUCAGCAGACAUACGGAUAUGGCGCGCGAUUAUUAACACCACUGACUGCUGCUGAAAACAAAUUUGCCACUGAGCAAGUUCAAGUACAUGCCAGCUGGCACACCUGGCUGGAAUUUAUUGCCAAUGGCCAAUACUUUGUAGGAGAUGACGGUGUUCCCCCAAGAUACACAAAUUUUGCGGUCGGAGAGCCAUUUAGAGUUGAACGAGGUUACUGUUUGACAAUUGGAAUGAACGGCUUCUGGUACGCUCAACCAUGUGCUGAGCCUCACAGCGCUCUUUGCGAAUUUGAUUCGAAUCCUAAAACCACCAAAAAGCCACCAACUACAAUUACGCCAAAACCAGGAUAUCCAACAUGCGUCCAGAAGUAUUUAAAUUUCGUUCCAUGCGCCAAUGGAUGGCAGUAUCAUCCGCCAAGUUGCUCUUGCUUCAUUAUUCUCUCUAAUAUAACCUAUUACAAUGCUAUGAACACCUGCAGAUCUCUUGGAGGAAGACUUGCUUCAGUUCAUAAUUUUGCAGAAUCUGCAUUUAUUCAGAGAAUUGCUUACGAAGCGAAUUCAAAUUGGAUCUCUACUGGUUCUUCUCGAGACAACAUUAUUGUCGGUCUAACAGUUGAUAACGGAUAUUUCAAAUGGGACGAUCUUACACCAUUUGAUUUUUAUGAAGGAUUUGCACCAGGAGAGCCAAGCGCAACAAAUGUUCAAGGACAGGUUGUGCUCAAUAAUCCAGUUGGAUAUGCUACAUACAUGCGAAUGGCGGACUGCUCAUACCAAACGUGUCGUUAUGCUGCAUGCAGAAAAUAUGUCUUCUAA